CUAUUUUGCCAUUUUCAUUCAGCUGAACAGUAGGCAGGACUCUCUCUCUUCUCUCCUCUCCUCUCCUCUAUUCGCCGAAUCCUUCAGGAAAGUCCCUGAAUUCUCCGACUACGUUCUAACUUCUCAGGCGAUGAGUUCCGAGGAAGAGAAGGUCGUUGUUCCAAGAAACUUUAGAUUGUUGGAAGAGCUUGAAAGAGGUGAGAAAGGUAUUGGUGACGGCACCGUCAGCUAUGGAAUGGAUGAUGCUGACGAUAUUCUCAUGCAAUCUUGGACUGGCACCAUCAUCGGUCCUCAUAGCACUGCCUAUGAAGGGAAAAUCUUCCAGCUCAAGCUUUUUUGUGGCAAAGAUUACCCACAAAUUCCUCCUAUUGUCAGGUUCCAGACCCAGAUUAACAUGUCUUGCGUUAACUCUGAUAAUGGAGUGGUUGAACCGAGUCAUUUCCCUAUGCUUUCCAACUGGAGAAGAGAAUACACAAUGGAAGAUUUACUGAUGCAGCUUAAAAAAGAAAUGAUGUCACCCCAGAACCGCAAGUUGUCUCAACCCUUGGAAGGUAAUGAGGAAGGGAGAACAGACCCAAAGGAACUUGUGGUCAAAUGUUGCGUCAUGUGAAGCACUAAGGUAAAAUGAGGAAUUUGUAUGAGAAUUAAAGAGACAAAAACAGUGUAUAUAUAAACAUCAUAUUUUAACGCUUUGACAUUGUGCCUGCCUCAAACUCCUUUCUUACACAGGGCUUAAUCCUACCCAUUUGAUUAUGUAUUAUGUAAUGUUUGAGAAUAUAUCAGAAUUCCUAAUAAACUCUAGCUCUUCUCCUCA